GAGGAGGAGGGAGGCGUGGUGUAGGAGGAGGAGGUAGAAAGGGGACGGGGUCCCAGCUGAGAGGGCGGACAAGCAGGCAGGCAGGCAGGCGGAAGGGCGAGAAGGAGAGGAUCUGUCUGAGGCAGAGGCGCCCGCCAGAGCGAGCCGGAGUCCUCUGAGGGAAGGAGGGAGCCUCCGUCCGCCUGGCCUCGGUUGAACCCCUCAGCGGCAGCAGGAGGAGGAGGCUCCAACAAGGCCGGUGCACUGGGCUGGGCUUCUCCUUGGUGGGGCGGUGGCCGGCCCUCCUCCUCCUCCUCCUCCCUGCCGCCCCGUUGCCCUCUCGGCCCUCCUCCUCCUACUCUCUGGGCUGCCGCCGCUGCUGCUGAGGGGAUUUGGGCGCCGGGGAAUUCCUCGCCCUGUCGCCGCCGCCGCUACAUUUUGGGGUCCAAAGGGGAGCUGGAAGAAAAGAGCCUCAAGGCCGCGCGACCACCACCACCUUCCUCCUCCUCCUCCUCCUCCUUGUCGUCGACAUGUCGGGCCAGUCGAUCACGGACCGGAUCACGGCGGCGCAGCACAGUGUCACCGGCUCGGCUGUCGCCAAAGCCGUCUGCAAGGCCACGACCCACGAAGUCAUGGGCCCCAAGAAGAAGCACCUCGACUAUCUUAUUCAGUGCACAAAUGAGAUGAAUGUGAAUAUUCCACAGCUGGCAGACACACUUUUUGAGAGGACAGCAAACAGUAGCUGGGUAGUAGUGUUCAAAGCUCUAAUUACAACACACCACCUCAUGAUGUAUGGAAAUGAGCGUUUUAUCCAAUACUUGGCAUCUCGAAAUACCCUGUUUAAUCUCAACAACUAUCUGGAUAAAAGUGCCAUGCAGGGCUAUGAUAUGUCUACUUUCAUCAGACGAUACAGCAGAUACUUGAAUGAAAAAGCACUUUCUUACAGACUUGUAGCAGUUGAUUUCACCAAAAUGAAAAGAGGGAUUGAUGGUGUGAUGAGAACAAUGAAUACUGAAAAACUUCUGAAAACACUCCCAAUUAUUCAGAAUCAACUAGAUGCACUUCUCGAUUUUGAUGCAAACCCAAAUGAACUAACGAAUGGUGUAAUAAAUGCUGCUUUCAUGCUCCUCUUUAAAGAUUCCAUUAGACUUUUUGCAGCCUAUAAUGAGGGGAUCAUUAACUUGUUAGAAAAGUAUUUUGAUAUGAAGAAGAACCAGUGCAAAGAAGGUCUGGAUAUUUACAAAAAAUUCUUAGCCAGAAUGACCAAAUUGUCAGAAUUCCUCAAAGUGGCAGAGCAAGUUGGAAUUGAUCAGGGUGACAUUCCAGAUCUUACUCAGGCUCCCAGCAGUCUUCUUGAAGCUUUGGAGCAGCAUCUGGCUUCACUGGAAGGGAAGAAGACAAAGGAGGUUUCAGCUGCUAGCAGAGCAAGCACCCUAUCCAGUGCAGUUUCUACACUUGCCAACACAGGAAUGUCCUUCACUAAAAUGGACGAAAGAGAGAAACAGCAGGCAUUGGAGGAGGAGCAAGCUAGACUUCAAGCACUGAAGGAACAGCGAUUGAGAGAGAUUUCUGUGGUGUCAAAUUCAACUUCUACAUCUGCCUCUCCAAGCACUUUAUCAGGGAAGAGUGUAAACACCAAUGCUGCAGCUGUUGACCUAUUUGCAACACCUGCUCCAACCACCAAUAGCAUGCCCAACCUUUCUACUGAUCUCUUUGAUCUCCAACCUGCAUUUGUUCCAACGGUACAGAGUACUCCAGCCAUAGCAACAUCAGCAGGCAGUGCCUGGGGAGGUAAGUUUACUGCUGUGGUUAAACAAAACAUUUACAGUCCUUGGAAUUAAUUGUCUUUACCCUUUCAGAUUGUCAUACAUUCCUGAAUGCACAGCUAAUCUUAUGUUGUCAUGUAAUCCAGUUGCCUUUAUUAAUAGCUGUGGCAGAGAAACAUGUAAUUGAUAACAGCAGCUAUUAUUGUACCCCAAAAUUAUUGCUGUUUUUCUUCCUAGUUUUAUUAGAUACAUAAACAUCUGCAAAUUUUGUCUGCUGAGGGUACGUUACAUAGGGUGUAACACAGGCCUUGUUAGAAUAAAGUUUUAAAGUCAAACACAAAAAAAAGCAGCUAGUCCCUGGCGGAGCCCCCCGAGGCCUAGGGCAGGUGCACCCCCUGCCCCCCCCCCCCGCUGCCACAUGGCCCUGGUGUAACAUCUCUGCAUCUCCUGGUGUGUGUUCUGAACUGUUAGGUCAUUGUGAACCAGUUUUCCAUAGUAAAUGAAACAUGUAACAGGAGCGGAGAACAUAACAGAAUGUUUGUGGUUUGUGGGUAUUUGUAACUGUCCCAUUUUGCAUUUCUGAGUUCUACAUCCAAAUGCUUAGCUGCUAUCAGAACAACUUGAAGUAGGAAGUUUGGUCUACACGGAGUUGCCUCUGCUCAUAAUUAUAACUUGAAUGUUUUCCUCUCAUUAGGAUUCUAGUUAGUGAUGGAAUUAAAUAAGGCUGCUAUAUAGAACAGAUAUGUACAAGAGUAAAAAUAGUUAUGUCCUCAAUACAUAGAAAAUUCGGCUAUAGUACAGAUACAGUCCAAACUGGUUGUUUAGAUGCUGCUUCCCAGCUUCAACUAUAGGCACAGUAAGAUCAUGUCACAAACUCGUACUUACAGAUAUCUCUUGUGCAUCAUACACUUCUGAGUCAGAGGUUUGGGGAAGGAAAAUGUAGUGCCAGAAAAUCCUACAGGUCACUCUACUUAUGAGAAAAGUUAACAAGUGGAUAGCUUAACCACCUGCCCCCAGAAGUUAGAAAUAUGUCUACCAGGAAACAGUGGCUAGCAUUCCAGUGCAGAGCAAGCAAAGGUUCAGAUGUAAUGCAGAGACAGGUUAUGAGAAUUCCAUCUCUACUUUAUACCUAAAGCAGACUUAGAUUGACAGCCAAGGAUGAAUCUGUGUUGGUAGAAUGCAAGGUGUAUUUUGUGAGCAAGUCAGUGAGGCUCAAGGAGAAAUAGCAACUGCU